AUGGUAUUUGAAGUCGUUUUGAGGCAAACCAUUUCACUAACCGGCUUCGCUUCUUCGACUCCCUGUACAGAAAGAACAGGUCCUUUGUCUUUGAAGAAAUCACGUCAGCGUAUUCCCUAUGGCCGUAAUGAUCAACCGAGCAGACUUUUGCCGCGUCGUCAUCUAAGUCGAGUGUUGGAGAGGACUCCUAAUUGGGGCUUGGAGUUACUGCUAUUCAAGAGUAUUGCUGUGUGA